GAUGGUAAAUCUUGCGAAAAUCUUCAUUCCAGUAAGAGAGGAUCUGAGAAAUGUGCUUCGUAAACAAAGAUAUAAGCUGAAGUCCUUCCUCGAACAGACCCUCUUUGUUUACGUGGAAAGUGGCAUGUUUAAUCAAAAUCCUACCUAGAUCUAGUUGGCCCCGUAUCUGUUUACUGUACCACCACAGCUUUCAUCGAGUCGCUCACCCCAGGGGGGCAACUGUCAAGAUUAUUCUAUGUGCUGUCUCUCUCACGAGCUUCCUGUUUCUCUGAAACCGUUUCUUCUCCCUUCCACCUCCCCCCUCCCAAUCUCCUCAGCUCAUCAUUUAGCCUUGAAGAGUGUUUAUGUAGUCUGUAGCAUCAUUUACAACGUAAAUGAAACUCAGGGAAAAGUUCUGUUUUAUCUAGGGUUUUUUUUUCUUUUGCGAGCUAUUUCAUAAAUUAUUUUGUUUUUGUCCUUUGCACAUCCGUUAUAAAAGACUGGACUCCAGUUGACCAGUACACACAAGCACGUGUUGAUGAGCUGAGACCAGACCAUGCGUUCUCUAUCUCUAGAGGCACCCGCUAUACAUGCUUAGCUGCCGUUUUUUCCUCUUUCCUCUCUGACUGUGAGUUGGUGAGCUGAGACUUUGAACCGCGCGCAUUCAUCAAAGUACCGCACCUGGGCGUGAGGCUACAGCAGGACUUUCCUACAAAUUCAAGUACAGACCUUUGCGACUAAAGCAGCCGACUCCUUUCUCACGAUGCGCCCCGCCUUGCUGUCUGGCUGUCUGGUUCUGGCAGCGGCGCUACUACUGUCUGUCGACGCCCUGGUUCUCAAAGUGUCGACAGACCAAGUGGAAGUUGGGAAGACAAAGAACGUCUCCCUGGCAUGCGUGGGCAGUCAGCACCUGUCGGACAUCUCCGAGGUCAUCAUGGUGAGGAUACUGAAGAAAGAUGUCACUGGCUGGACCACAGCGGCGGAGCGUGGGGGCGCCGGGACGGGGGUGACGACCACAGGUGACGAUGACGUGAUCGCCGAGGCCAGUAAAGCCAACAGCUAUCUCCGGCUUACCUGGCCCGUGGCAACCAACGAUACCAUUGGCCAAUACCGCUGCGAUGUCAUUGGUUGGACUUCCCAGAUGAGCGUCAGCUGGCAGAAGAGCCUGCCGAUUUUCAUUUCCAGGAAGAGUAACGUCACCCUACAGGCCCUUAGCCAGGUGGUGGAGGAGAACACGGAGUCCCUGCAGAGACUUGGCUCUCAGACACAGACUAUCAUGGACAAUUUCACGACAUCUGCCGCGCACAGCCGGAGAGAGUGUCUGCGACACACGCGACACAUGCUCCACAAUCUGACGGCGAGACUGAACGCUCUCGAGACCAGAGUGGACAGCAGGUGGGAGAGCCAGCUGCAGUUCACGGCGUGACUGUCGUCUGCGACACUGAGACCGACGGCGGUGGCUGGGUCGUCAUACAGAGACGUGCUUCGCGCGACGUGAGUUUUUUCCGUGGCUGGACAGAUUACAAAUACGGCUUCGGCAACUUCUCCACCAACUUCUGGCUGGGCUUGGAAAAAAUCCACCAACUGACAAACAUGCGGAGACACGAACUGAGGAUAGAUUUCACGUUCAAGGGAAAAGACUACCAUGCCAUCUACGGCAACUUUUCACUUUCCGGAGAAUCGGAUGACUACAAAAUUCAUAUAUCCGGAUUUUCGGGUAAUGUAGAAGACAACAUGGACUUUCACAAUGGCCAGGCGUUUACAACCAAAGACCGAGACAACGAUUCAUCAGAAUCAAGAAACUGCGCCCGGGAGUUUCACGGAGGAUGGUGGUACAACGACUGUCACCGCGUCAACCUCAAUGGGUUGUGGCGCAGUACGGAGUCUUCCAGCGGCAUGAACUGGAAAAGUGUCACCAAAUAUAACGAUUCUGUCUCCUUCAGCGAAAUGAAAAUUCGACCCAAGUGACAACUUCACGACACAAUCAUCGCUCCAUCUUUCGGUUCUUCUCCUUCUCGUGUCAGGUCUGAGGCAGACAUUGACGAUCAUAGCACCCCAAUCCUCCUUGUUGUCUGAUUUCUUGAUCAGUUCGGUUGUUUUGUUGGGGGGGGGGGGGGGG